AUGCCUCAUAUCACUGAAACCACCGGAAGCACCGUGAAGGUCGCUGUUCUAGGCGCUGCAGGCGGCAUAGGACAAUCGCUGUCGCUGCUGUUAAAAACACAGCUGUCGCAGUUGCUGAAGCCAGACCAACACGCAGGCAUCAGACUGGAGCUGGCCUUAUACGAUAUUGCCGCCCAAGUCCUUGACGGCGUCGCAGCAGACCUUUCCCACAUCAAUACCCCCGUUUCCCUCAAGCACUACGUGCCUGCCUCCAGGGAGGACCAAACAGCACUCCACGCUUGUCUGGAGAAUUCCGCUGUUGUGAUCAUCCCUGCAGGUGUGCCCCGUAAACCCGGCAUGACCCGCGACGACUUGCUUGCUGUCAACGGCAAGAUUGUUGCAGGCCUCGCAGACAGUAUUGCACGUGUCUGCGAUUUGAAACGUGCCUUUGUACUCGUCAUCUCCAACCCGGUGAACACGCUGGUUCCUGUGGUUGUCAACAAGCUGAUUAGUACCGCGCAGUCGCUGAAGCGUGACUGCAAGGGCAUUGAGAGACGCGUCUUCGGCGUCACCCAGCUGGACAUGGUCCGUGCCUCUGCGUUUGUCCAACAAUACUCAGACUACGAGAACAAUGAGCUUCCCCAUGUGCCCGUCAUCGGCGGACACUCAGGAGAAACAAUUGUUCCUCUUCUGGGAGCCGCCCAAAAGCGGUACGGGUUCUCUGCGGACCAACGCUUCGCGUUGGUCCGCAGAAUCCAGUACGGGGGCGACGAAGUGGUGAAGGCUAAAAAUGGGGCGGGCUCUGCGACCCUCUCUAUGGCCUACGCUGCUUAUGUGACCGCUGUCCCAUUUGUAGAGUUGUUUUUGGGCACCAGAGACUCGUUCACCGGGACCUUGUUUGUUUCCUUGAUAGACCACAGUGGCAAGCCGAUAGCCGCCGGCGCACAGGAACUUUUGGCCGCGACGGACCACACUGCAUACUUUGCUGCGCCGGUCACGAUCACGGUCCAUGAUGGUGUGACUGCAGUUGAUUACAAGGUUUUGGAUCUGGCUGACGAGGAGGACAAGACCAAGUUGUUGCCUGCGUGUGUCAAGGGCCUGAAGUCCAACAUCGAGGCCGGACUCUCUCUGGACGUUUGA